GAAUUCAUUCCAAAUGGCUCGCACUCAACGUCGUACUUCUGCUCCCUCUCGUGCUGCUCCCUCCCGUGCUGCUCCCUCCCGUGCUGCUGCUCCGGUACAAAACUCUGGUCCUCCAGCUACUAUGCAACAGCAGUCUGUUGCUGCUCCAGCUCCACAGCAACCUAGCCUGUUUGCCAAUAUGGCAUCCACUGCUGCUGGUGUAGCUGUUGGAAGUGCUGUUGGUCACACUCUUGGUGCUGGUCUGUCUGGCAUGUUUGGUGGUAGCAGCCAGCCACAACAGGUCCAAGAGCCUGCUCCUCAAGUUCAGCAGCAACAGUAUCAGCAAUCCCCUUUUGCUGUUUGUCAGGCUGAUCAAAAUGCUUUCAACAGAUGCAUUGAAACCAAUUCGGGUGAUAUCGCAUCAUGCCAAUUUUACUUUGAUAUGCUGAAGCAGUGCAAAGCAAACGCUGGAGCCUCAAUGUAAAAUCCUUUGCUUCACGGACAGGCUGACAAGGAUUGUUACCAUACGCUUUGAUCGCCGAGUAUCCUUUAACAACAUUAAUAACUUUUUGUUUUGGAUGCAUUGGAUUCCAUCUUUUGCAUCAAUAACUCAAUUUCAAAGAAAUAAAAUAGGUUGCUGAACAUACCUAUGACUUAUCCUAAGC